ACCUAGGGCCCUAAGACGUAUUGGUUCGAACUUCGAAAAUACUUUAGUGGGCAGCUGUUUCCAUAGUGCGCAAAAAUUCCCUUAAAAACGCUCAGUUGUGGAACGGCGGACAUCGAGGUGAUAAGGUGGUAUUAGGUAUUAUGAAGACUCGCAAACAAGUGGAAUGUCGAGAUGACGAGUAUUGAUGGAGAAUGGAAACAUUUUGCUUUUUAUCACGUCUACGAGGCUUGGUAGCGCGAACUCAAUUUCACAAUUCAAAUUGAAUCGUGUCUCUUGACUAUUGACAUUUGAGUACUUCCAAGUUCAUUUCAUAACUUAACUCCCAUAUGACAAUAGUCAAUAGUGCUUUCUGAAAUACCCGAAACUGGAUUUUUGAAGAUUGAACAUCGAACUUAGUUUUAAAAUAUAAUUACAAGAGGUUUUACCAAAUAUUAUUGGUUUAACAAACAUCCAUACCGAGAUCCUAAAAUGUCAAAACUAGCUGAAAUAAGGUUUCUUUACGAGACUAAAGUAAACAAAAUAGAUCCACAUCCAAUUUUCGAUUCUCGAGAUUUGUCUAAAGUAACAAGUGAUAUUUAUUUAUACCGGGUCUUAGAACACUGCCAGAAUAAUGUUCAACAAGCCGCCGAUAUGCUGUACAACAUAAUGGAAUGGAGAAAAACCAAUAAUGUUAAUGAUAUAUGUGAAGCUAAUGUUGACUUAGAUAUUCUGAAAGAUGGCUUAUACUUCACUCGUGGACGGGAUAUAGACAGCUGUUUACUUUUUAUUAUGAAUUCCAAAGCUUAUAUUAAAAAUCAAAAGGACCUUGAAGCAGUGAAAAAAGUUUUUAUAUAUUGGCUUGAACGCCUUGAAAGAAAAGAGGGUGGGAAGAAAGUGACAUUAUUCUUUGAUAUGGAUGGAUGUGGCAUAAAUAAUAUGAAUUUAAACUUAUUUAGCUACAUGAUUAAUGUUCUUAAAUGUUACUAUCCAAAUUUUAUUAACUAUGUAAUAAUUUUCCAAAUGCCGUGGGUAUUAUCUGCAGGCUUUGGAAUUGUUAAAAAAAUGUUGCCAGCACCUGCUAUUGAGAGAUUAAGAGUAAUAAACAAGGAUAAUUUAAAAGAUUUGAUUGCUCCUGAACAAGCUUUAGUAAGCUGGGGUGGAAAGGAUAACUAUAAAUUUGAAUUUGUGCCUGAACAUCGAAAAAUUGGUCCAGUUAUAGUUGACAAUGAUGAUAAUUAUUCUCUUGGGGAAAUGUUAAGAUUAAAACCGCCAAAAGUAUUGCUAUUUGAAACUAUAAAUCACAAAAUUUCAUCUCAGUUAAUUAUAACAAAUAUGGAGGAGGGUAUUACUGCAUUUAAAAUACGUACUACAGCCCCAGAAAGAUACACAGUCCGUCCAAACCAAGGCAUUUUACCUAAACAUAUUUCUAAGAGUAUAGAUAUUGUAGUUCUACCAGGGUUUCACUUAGGUUCGGUAGAAAAAGAUAGAUUUUUAAUAUUAUCAGUUAAUGUGCCAAAAUUGGAUAUGCCACAAACAGAAUUGAGACAAAUAUGGAAAAGUGCUGGAAAUAGCAUUGAUGAAUACAGGCUUACUUGUGCUGUUAAAGAACAAAAUGUGAAUGUUAAAAAUGUUGAAACAAAUUCAUUUAAUGAAAUUAAUAGAAGCAUGGAGAAUAAGUAUAAGACAAUUCAAAACAAUCUUAACUCAUUUAAUAAAUAUCAAAUUGUUAUUAUGAUUAUAAUGUCAGUUUCAAUAUUUAUUAAUAUUAUUAUUUGGAUGAAUAUUGGCAGAAAAUGUACUAGACUGUAGGAAAGUUAUUCAUCAAAGAAAUAUGUUUUAAAAAUGUAAAUUAUUAUUAUACCAAAUCACCAAGUGAUGUAUUCUGUGAUAGGCAAUUAUGAAUUGGUUUUAAAUUUGAUUAUCUGUAAUAUUAUAAGAAAAAUAUAAUAUUUUGAAUCAAAUUCUGAGGUGAAAUAAUAUCAUAAAAAACUAUGUUUCCUACCACUGAGACAAUGUGAUAGUAUACUUAUUUAAUAAGAAAUUGGGCAUUUAUUAGGUAACUUGUCUAUAGGUAAUGGCUAAGCUAUUUUUGUGUAAAAACAGCUGGUACAGGGUAGUUUUAUAAAUAUAUUUUUAUAUUUUACUUGUUUUU